CCGAAUCGUGAGGGGCCCGCGGAGGGCCCCGGCUCAGAGCGCCGUCGCUGCCCUAGGCCCCGGGCUCGGCCCUGUCCCGCCGCCCGGGCGCCAGCAGGAAGGGAGGCUGAGCGCCGGGGGCCGGAGGCGGAGGCCUGGGGCGCGCGGUAGCAGCGGUGGCCGAGCUCGGGGAGGGGGCGCCCGGGCCUGGGAGGACAAAGCCCCGGAGCCUGCGGCCCGCAGCCCGCAGCACAAAGGGCGAGUCGCGGUUACACCCGCCCCUCCCGGCGCGGGGCGGAGAAAGGCGGCGGGAGCCGCAGCUGCCGAGCCCCUAGCUCCCCCACGCUCGCCCGCCCCGCCCCGUCCUCCCGGGGAGGGGUCUGGGGGCGCGGCGCUCCACAUAACACUCCCCCUCCAGCGCUGGGAGCCACCCCUCUCCCCUCCCUCGCGCAAACGCCGCCGCCUCCCUCGCCGCCGCCACCUCGCCCGCCGCUCAGUGCUCGCAGCGGCUGGGGGGCGGUGCGCGGGCCGUGCGCGCCGGCCGCCAGAUGCGCAGUCCCGGCCGCCGCUGACCCGCCGGAGCCCGCGCGCCUCCCAGAUGCCGCGGGGGAGACCUUGAGCGCACCCCGGCUUCCCUGGGCGGGGACCCCUGCAUCCCCAGCGCUGUGCCGGCGCUCGCCCUUUCUCCAGCCCGGCUCGCCCCGCGUUUGGACAUGGAGGGGGCCGCCGCGCCCGCGGCCGGGAACGGCCCCGACUUGGGGCCGGGGGUGCCCGGCUCGCCCCCCGAGGCGGUGGCGGGGGCGACCGCGGCCCCCGUGGCGGCCACCCCGGAGCCCAGGAAGCCGCACGGUGUGAAGCGGCAUCACCACAAGCACAACUUGAAGCACCGCUACGAGCUGCAGGAGACCCUGGGCAAAGGCACUUACGGCAAAGUCAAGAGGGCAACCGAGAGGUUUUCGGGCCGAGUGGUCGCUAUAAAAUCCAUCCGUAAGGACAAAAUUAAGGAUGAACAAGACAUGGUUCACAUCAGACGAGAGAUUGAGAUCAUGUCAUCCCUCAGCCAUCCUCAUAUCAUCAGUAUUUAUGAAGUGUUUGAGAACAAGGAUAAGAUUGUGAUCAUCAUGGAGUACGCCAGCAAAGGGGAGCUGUACGAUUACAUCAGUGAGCGGCGCAGACUCAGUGAGCGGGAGACCAGACACUUCUUCCGGCAGAUCGUCUCUGCUGUGCACUACUGUCACAAGAACGGCGUGGUCCACCGAGACUUGAAGCUGGAAAAUAUACUGCUGGAUGACAACUGCAACAUUAAGAUUGCUGACUUUGGGCUUUCCAACCUGUACCAGAAGGACAAGUUCUUGCAAACGUUUUGUGGGAGCCCACUCUAUGCGUCUCCUGAAAUUGUCAAUGGCAGGCCUUACAGGGGUCCUGAGGUGGACAGCUGGGCCCUGGGUGUGUUGCUUUACACUCUCGUUUACGGAACGAUGCCCUUCGAUGGUUUUGAUCACAAAAAUCUCAUUCGGCAGAUCAGCAGUGGGGAGUACCGGGAGCCCACGCAGCCCUCAGAUGCUCGAGGACUCAUCCGGUGGAUGCUUAUGGUGAACCCUGACCGUCGAGCCACCAUUGAGGACAUUGCCAACCACUGGUGGGUGAACUGGGGCUACAAGAGCAGCGUCUGCGAUUGUGACGCCCUCCACACCUCUGAGUCCCCACUCCUGGCUCGCAUCAUUGACUGGCACCACCGCUCCACAGGGCUGCAGGCCGAGACCGAGGCUAAGUUGAAGGGCUUGGCCAAACCCGGGGCCUCAGAGGUGGUGCUGGAGCGGCAGCGGUCACUGAAGAAGUCCAAAAAGGAGAGUGACUUUGUCCAGUCAGGCCCAGACUCAGUGCCAGAAAGCCCCUCCAAGCUGAGCUCCAAGAGGCCCAAGGGCAUCCUCAAGAAGCGCAGCAACAGUGAGCAUCGCUCUCACAGCACUGGCUUCAUCGAAGGCGUGGUUGGACCUGCCCUGCCCUCCACCUUCAAGAUGGAGCAGGACCUAUGUCGGACUGUGGGGCCCCUCCCCAGCUCCCCUGAGGCAGAAGUGCCAGGUAAACUCAGCCCCAAGCAGUCAGCCACGAUGCCCAAGAAAGGCAUCUUGAAAAAGACCCAACAGAGAGAGUCAGGCUACUACUCAUCCCCAGAGCGCAGUGAGUCCUCAGAGCUCUUGGAUGGGAAUGACAGCCUGGCCGAUGGUCCCCCUUCCCCCAGCCCCCCAGACCCAGCCAGGGUGCCCUCCCUUAGCCUAUCCUGCCGCAGGAAGGGCAUCUUGAAACACAACAGCAAGUACUCAGCAGGCCCUCUGGACCCAGCCCUCGCCAGCCCCAAUGUGCCCAUCCUAGAAGCCUUGGGGGGGGAGCCGUGUGGUGGCCUAGCCGAGGGUCUGUCCCGCAGCUACAGCCGGCCUUCAAGUGUUAUCAGCGAUGACAGUGUCCUGUCCAGUGACUCCUUUGACCUACUGGAUCUGCAAGAGAACCGGCCCACCCGCCAGCGCAUCCGCAGCUGUGUCUCCGCUGAGAACUUCCUCCAGAUUCAGGACUUUGAGGGGCUUCAGAACAGAUCUCGGCCGCAGUACCUGAAGCGGUACCGGAACCGACUAGGAGACAGCAGCUUCUCCCUUCUUACGGACAUGGAUGACGUGACUCAGGUCUACAAGAAGGCGCUGGAGAUUUGCAACAAGCUCAACUAGCUGCCUUGGGGUUUGGGGGGGGGGCGGGGGGCCAGGAGUGAGCACAAGGAAGAAGGGAGGAUGAGGAGCAGUGACUUGUGCUGGUGAGCUGGUUACCUCUUUGCCGACUGUGGCAAUGGACUGGAAAAAGACUGGUGCCGUUGGGCUUGGCCAAGUUUGCAGUCUUGAGCCAGCCCCUCAAGGAGAGAAGUGGGGUUCUCUGCCAGUCCUGCCAAUUGUUGGCCCAAAUUGGGGUCUUAAUUGGCAUUGCCUUCUGGCAGAUUCUAGAGGACUGCAGGUGCCAUGGGGAGGUGGUGUUGGCCAACACUUAGGGCCUGGGGAACAAGUGAAUGGGAGAGGAAGCACUCCUUAGAAGUCUUCUGAAUGCUUCUGUUGGAGGAGCAAGAGAGACUGGAGUCAUCUGUUUGGGGUGAGCUCAGAGAGCUUGCUCCCCCUCUCCUCACAGAGCAACCUUUAUCUGACUGCUUGGGGCUGGCAAGCUGUCAGCAACCUGAUAUAGAAUCAGUGAUUAACUGGUAAUGGCUUCUGGGUAUGCUGCUUUUGAGCAGCCCAGGAUCAUGGGGAAGGAGUAUGUUGAUUGAAUAGUAAUGGCUGCCAUGGAAAGGAGAAGGGGGUAGCAGUACUCAUGUCAUGUAGUUGUGAUCCUUGACCUGGAUGAACUCUGGCUGCUAGGUUAAGGUGUUCUAAGGGGUCUAUAAUAACUUUCAUGAUGCUGGUGUGGCAAUUAUGAAUUUGCUCUCCUGCCUUCUGUAGAAGACAGAGGUUUGGUCAAAGAAAGAAUGCCAAGGACUUAAGAGUCAGCCCAUGGUGACUGGGGGCUUCUUGCUAUCUGCCUCCAUUUUCCUGAUGUCUGCCUUGCUCUUCAGCAUGACCUCCCGAGGCCAGAAAGGGAAAAAGAUGGUGGUGUCAGACGUCUAUACUAUUGUGUAGAAUGAAGCUGGGGACCCUCUGAUCUUUGCACAGAAUGGAAAUUGAUCCACACUGAUCAGGGGACAACUUGUCAACUUCUUUUUAGUCUCAAUAUUAACUGGAAUGCUGCCUCUUGAACUCCCACUUGCAUGAAUGCUUUGAGUUAGAUGCAACACUCUCUGUAAUCUCUAAAAGAGUAACUAACUGGCUCAGCCAUUUGUCCAGUUCACUAAUAGCAAAUGGUAUCCUCUGAUGUAGGCAAGAUUGCUUCUAGGGAGUCAGAGUGUAGAUGGGAUAUUUGAAUGAAAGAAGGAAAGUUAGGUAGGAUGUGCUUUCUCCCCCCAAAUCUAGGCAUUCUGAGUCAUAGUUUCAAGUAGGUAGGUUUUUUGGGGGAAAGAAAUUCCAUUCAUUUAAUGAAUUUGGUGUUGAAAGAACUGAGCAGGUUAGGAAGAAGCCUAUAGAAAAGAGAAAAUUCCCUUAGAAACCACCCAGAUAGUCUUCGAGAUGAAAGAAGAGGAGUAACAGGACUCUUAGCUUAAAAAAACAACGCAACUGGGUAUUUUCCUUUUUGACACUUGGAUGACAGGAGACGGUACAUCUCCGCCACAAUAGAGCAUCUUCAGACAGUAGGUUUGGAAUCAAUGAUAUUAUAUGGGAGUUUGGAAGGACUUUAGAUUCUCUGGGCCUGGGAUUAUCAAAACCCUGUUUUAAGGUGGUGAAUGAACUUCUGGUCACCUGGAACUAUAAAGAGGACUAGUUUGGGGUGUUUUCUUGAGAACCAACAGACAACAACAAUUCAUUGGGAGAGAAGAAAUAGUUAAAUGGGAACUAAGAAGUGUAUUACGAGAAGCUUCUCAGUUUCCUUUCAUUCAAUUAAUUCCAUCUCCUUCCUGAAUUCCUUACA